UUUAAGAAUUAUAAAAACAUUAGGUAAUUUUUGGUAGCACUGUGAAUUUAUUGAUAAUAUCAUAGUUACCAUAAUCAUUAUGACUCCGAAAAAUGUAAACAAAGCAAUAAUUGUUUGUAUUUUAGUAUUAAUUCAUUUUUAUUUUAUUAAUUUGAAAUGAAAUAAUAUCAUAAAUUAUAAUGAUCUCAAUGGAAAAUAAGUAAUACAUUAAAUAUAACAUACGUGGGUCCUUAUUUAUUGAGCUAAAAAAUUAUGGCUCGUAUGCCAAAAGAACAAGGGGAAAUAUUAAAAAAUGAAGAAGUACUACAAAUGAAGUAUGAGGAAAAUAACAAAAUAACAAAAAAAUUUAUGGAUGAAAUCAAUGAAAUGAAAAGUAAGAUAGAUGAUUAUGAUAAGCAUAGUACACCAGAUGUUAAACACAAACCAAAACCAAUUAGAUCUUCAGAAUUUAAUACAUUUAUGAAAAUUAUUGAUACUGGUGAUACUAUUGAAGAAUUUAAGACUGUUUCAAGUAAAGAAAUAACUAUCAAAAAUUAUGUGUUACAAAAAGAAAUUGAUCGUUUAAACAACGAACUAGUAAAAAAAGAUGAUCUAAAUGAUCAUUUACAAGAAGAAAAUAAAAAACUGACUGAAGAAAAAGACAAAUACGUUCAUCAAGUAUCAUUGCUCAAAGAGAAAAUAAGAAAACACGAUAGAGAAGUUGAAAAUUUAACUGGAACAUUGAAAACUAGAGAUUCUGAGGUAAACAGAAUACUAAAAGAAAUAGGAUGUUUAGAGAGAAAAUUUAAACACGAACAAAUCAUACAUGAAAAACAAAGAUCAAUUUUUAUAAAAUCCUCAGAUGAAAACAAACAGCUGAAAGAAACUGUAAAAAAGCUGGAAGCUGCACAUAAAGAAGCUGAAGAAAAAUUUACAAAAGCAUUAUCUAAGAACGAUGAUAUCUUGGCAAAAUGUGUUAGGGAAAAAGAUGUACUAAUUACAGGAUUUAGAAAACAAUUGGAAUUAAUAGAUUCACUGAAGAGACAAAAUGUAAGAACUAAGUUACAAGAAGAAAUAAAUAUUUUAGAAAAUGAAUUUAGUAAACUUUUAGAAGGUAAAUAAAAUUAUUUAUUAGAUAGGUAUCAACAAUUU